GCCUGGCAGUGCCAUUCGGUGGCUCAUCGAAUUCAGUCCGCAGAGCGCGCUCCGUUCCGUUCGUUUAGCUCGCUCCGUGCCGUUCAGAGUCCUGUUCGGUUGUGCUCGCUCGCACCCGCAUCCGCAUCAGCAUCAGCAGCAUCCGCAUCUGCAGGAGCUGCCAGGCGUCCAGAGCCAGAGAGCCAGCAAUGCGCAGCAGUCAACACAAGCCCAUCAACUGCCCGGGGAAGCGAACAGAGGGAAAAGCGGACGGACCCAGCGAGCGGACCCAGACUGUUCAGGAAAACGCAAUCCAUCCACAAUCCGAACAAUAGCGCAGUCCAGACAACUGCAUCCCGGCCAGAUGCACUAGAGGCCACCGGAGCACUGAGCACCGGAUCCCAGCGAACUUCAGGAUCUAGUAGUCCACGCGCCAUGAUGCCCAGUCGCGUCAAGCUGAAACGCGCCACGGAUGGGCCGACGCCCAUGUCCACGCCCACGUCCUCGCCCACGCCCACGCCUACCACAAUGCCAAUGCAAACGCCAAUCGCCACUUUGAACACUGCCAGCAGCCAGCACAAUAGCACAACCAGUAGACGAGAGCCAACACUCACCCCUCCAAGCGGGCCCAUCCCGCUGCUCCUCCUCACGGUCCUGACCCUGCUGAUCCUGGACACCAGAUCCUGCCAGGGCCUCCGGCUGACCAACGGAGGCGGCAGCCUGAGCAAGGGCGCGGCGGCCAACAAGGAGCAGCUCAACAUCGGCCUGAUCGCGCCGCACACGAACUUCGGGAAGCGGGAGUACCUGCGCAGCAUCAACAACGCGGUCACCGGAUUAACGAAGACGCGCGGCGCCAAGCUGACCUUCCUGAAGGACUACUCCUUCGAGCAGAAGAACAUCCACUUCGACAUGAUGUCGCUGACGCCCAGUCCGACCGCCAUCCUAAGCACACUGUGCAAGGAGUUCCUCCGCGUGAACGUAUCCGCAAUCCUGUACAUGAUGAACAACGAACAGUUCGGGCACAGCACGGCCUCGGCGCAGUACUUCCUGCAACUGGCCGGCUACCUGGGCAUCCCGGUUAUCUCGUGGAACGCAGACAACUCGGGUCUGGAGCGACGGGCCUCGCAAUCGACGCUGCAGCUGCAGCUGGCCCCAAGCAUUGAGCACCAAAGCGCCGCAAUGCUGAGCAUCCUGGAGCGCUACAAGUGGCACCAGUUCUCGGUGGUCACGUCGCAGAUAGCCGGUCACGAUGACUUUGUGCAGGCGGUGCGGGAGCGCGUGGCCGAGAUGCAGGAGCACUUCAAGUUCACCAUCCUAAACUCGAUCGUGGUCACCCGCACCAGCGACCUCAUGGAGCUGGUGAACAGUGAGGCCCGGGUGAUGCUGCUUUAUGCCACGCAGACCGAGGCCAUCACCAUUCUGCGCGCCGCCGAGGAGAUGAAGCUCACCGGAGAGAACUACGUGUGGGUAGUCAGCCAGUCGGUCAUAGAGAAGAAGGACGCCCACUCCCAGUUCCCCGUCGGCAUGCUUGGCGUGCACUUCGACACCUCCAGUGCGGCGCUCAUGAACGAGAUCUCCAACGCAAUCAAGAUCUACAGCUACGGCGUGGAAGCCUACCUAACGGACCCGGCCAACCGAGACCGCCGCCUCACCACCCAGUCGUUGUCCUGCGAGGACGAGGGACGCGGUCGCUGGGACAACGGAGAAAUCUUCUUCAAGUACUUGCGCAACGUGUCCAUCGAGGGCGACCUCAACAAGCCGAACAUCGAGUUCACGGCGGACGGGGACCUGCGCUCGGCGGAGCUCAAGAUCAUGAACCUCCGGCCCAGCGCCAACAACAAGAACCUUGUGUGGGAAGAGAUUGGAGUGUGGAAGUCCUGGGAGACGCAGAAGCUGGACAUCCGCGACAUUGCGUGGCCCGGCAACUCGCACGCCCCGCCCCAGGGCGUGCCGGAGAAGUUCCAUUUGAAGAUCACAUUCCUCGAAGAGGCACCCUAUAUCAAUCUGUCGCCUGCGGACCCGGUGAGUGGCAAGUGCCUGAUGGACCGUGGUGUGCUCUGCCGGGUGGCGGCCGACCACGAGAUGGCCGCCGACAUCGACGUGGGCCAGGCACACCGCAACGAGUCCUUCUACCAGUGCUGCAGCGGCUUCUGCAUAGACCUGCUGGAGAAGUUUGCCGAGGAGCUGGGCUUCACCUACGAGCUGGUGCGGGUCGAAGAUGGUAAAUGGGGUACCCUCGAGAAUGGCAAGUGGAACGGCCUGAUCGCCGACCUGGUCAACCGCAAGACGGACAUGGUCCUCACCUCGCUGAUGAUCAACACGGAGCGCGAGGCGGUCGUCGAUUUCUCCGAGCCUUUCAUGGAGACCGGCAUCGCCAUCGUGGUGGCCAAGCGCACUGGCAUCAUCUCGCCCACGGCUUUUCUGGAGCCCUUCGACACGGCCUCCUGGAUGCUGGUAAGUAGCCCCUCUGAAGCCAUGCUCUGUCCAGCCUUCUCACUGGUAAGUGUCCUUGCUCCUUGCCUCCUCCCUCUCUUUUCCCUUCUCUGCGUCCAGGUGGGCAUAGUGGCCAUCCAGGCGGCCACCUUCAUGAUCUUCCUCUUCGAGUGGCUCUCGCCCAGCGGCUACGACAUGAAGCUCUACCUGCAGAACACCAACGUUACCCCGUACCGCUUCUCCCUGUUCCGCACCUACUGGCUGGUUUGGGCCGUGCUCUUCCAGGCCGCCGUCCAUGUGGAUUCGCCGCGAGGCUUCACCUCGCGCUUCAUGACCAAUGUGUGGGCCCUCUUCGCUGUCGUAUUUCUGGCCAUAUACACUGCCAACCUGGCCGCCUUCAUGAUAACGAGGGAGGAGUUCCACGAGUUCAGCGGUCUCAACGACAGCCGCCUGGUGCAUCCCUUCUCCCACAAGCCCUCCUUCAAGUUCGGCACCAUCCCGUACAGCCACACGGACUCGACCAUCCACAAGUACUUCAACGUCAUGCACAACUACAUGCGGCAGUACAACAAGACCAGUGUGGCGGAUGGAGUGGCCGCCGUGCUCAACGGCAACCUGGACUCCUUCAUCUACGAUGGCACUGUGCUGGACUAUCUGGUAGCCCAGGACGAGGACUGCCGGCUCAUGACCGUGGGCAGCUGGUAUGCCAUGACGGGAUACGGACUGGCAUUCAGCCGCAACUCCAAGUACGUACAGAUGUUCAACAAGCGGCUGCUCGAGUUCCGUGCGAACGGGGACCUGGAGCGGCUGCGUCGCUACUGGAUGACGGGCACGUGCCGUCCGGGCAAGCAGGAGCACAAGUCCUCGGACCCGCUGGCGCUGGAGCAGUUCUUGUCCGCCUUUCUGCUCCUGAUGGCCGGCAUCCUGCUGGCGGCGCUCCUCCUGCUGCUGGAGCACGUCUACUUUAAGUACAUCCGCAAGCGGCUGGCCAAGAAGGACGGCGGCCACUGCUGCGCCCUCAUCUCGCUGUCCAUGGGCAAGUCGCUGACCUUCCGGGGCGCCGUUUUCGAGGCCACGGAGAUCCUGAAGAAGCACCGCUGCAACGACCCCAUCUGCGACACGCAUCUCUGGAAGGUCAAGCACGAGCUGGACAUGUCUCGUCUCCGCGUCCGCCAGCUGGAGAAGGUCAUGGACAAGCAUGGCAUCAAGGCGCCGCAGCUGAGGCUGGCCUCCUCCUCGGAUCUGCUGAACCACCAUCAUCUCAAGGAGCGGCCGCCACUGCUGGGCAACCUGAGUCUCGCCGCCAGCGCCCAAGAUCUAUACAGGUGGUCGUACAAGACGGAAAUCGCCGAGAUGGAGACAGUGCUUUGAAGCGUUUGGAGCACUUGGACCUGCCCAUGGAGGAGGGCAUGUUACUCACACUAGACAAAGAUUCGCAAUCGUGCCGGAGUGCCAUCCUACAGCGAGUACGUCUAAUCAAAAUCAACGUUUCAAACAAAAUGUGAACUAAAAGCUUUCGAAAGUUAGGGACGAGAUAGCGAAAGAGAAAUGAACCCAAAGCGCCUCACGAAAACCGCACACAACUCGAUAGUCAGUAGUAGAUAGUCGAGGAUAUAGAAUCCAGAAUCCAGAAUCCAGAAACUAGAAUACACAACCCAGAAUCCAGAAUCCAGUAUCCAGAAUCAAGAACUAAGCCCAGAUUUGCAGCCCAGGCAAGCCCAAAGAUUGUAUAAAGUUAAACUAAAUGUUAAAGCAAACCAAAUGUAAGCCAAGCGUUAAACUAAGUGGAACACGGGGAGUAACAAGCUAACAAGCAAAAUACCAAAGCAGCCGCCGCACGAGUAUUUCAUAAACAAAGUUUUAAAGGAGAGAAGUUGGGGAGAUCAACCGUCGCAUUUUUGGCGAUUGAACUGUUAAGCGUUAACAAGAAGCAGUAGGGGAAUAGGAGUAGGUCCAACCCAGAGUUGGCCAUGUUUGUAUGUAAUCCGUUUGAUUGUUUGUGAUUGUUGUUUCAUUUGUUGUCUUUUUUUGGAUAGUAAAUAUUUACGAAUCAUAUUCAAGUAAGCGUACAUACAUACAUAUGUCGAAGGCAAACGCGAGUACGAGGACGAGAAGAGGCGCCGGUUGUCACGCCCAUUAUUAAAUGUACACAUUAACAGAUUUAUAUGUAUUUACCUAUGAUUACGACGAUAUAAAUGUUAUUGCAUAUACACGUACAUAUACAUAUACAUAUACAUUUAAAGAACAAAUAAGAAAUAUUUACAUAUGAAUAUACAUAUAUGUAUGUAUCUUAUUUUUUUCCUUUUUUUGAUAUAAAAAUUGCUUAUGCGCCGCCAGCAAAAACAAGACGAAAAACCUAAAACUAAAAGCCAAAAACACUAGAAGAAUCAAAAGCAAGGCCAACACGAAAUUUUCAUCUCGCUAGGAGAUUCCCACACGACUACUAAACAAGGCUUCAUUUUAGUUUCUCCUGCCCGCUUUGCUGCUAUCUUUUGUUUCACCCACUAUCGCUUUCACUUUCAUUUCGCUUGCUCGCUGAGAGAGAGCCAAACACCCGCACCCCGCACUUCCACUUCCACUCCCACACCCGCAACCACACACCACUAUCUUCCAUUAUCCUCGUCAUCCUGGCGAGGAGCAAAGGCAAAUGAGAACUUCGCUUGCUGGAGCGACCUCUGCAUGUGAAAGUUAUGGCAAACUCUCUCCACGCUCUCCCCUCUCUCUCAACUCUCCCACUGCACACCCCCGCCUCACACCUCACCCACUCACCUAACUAGAAGAGAUAAAAAAUAUUUAUAAAUGUGCAUUGUUGUUGUGGCGAGCAAAACAUGCUUAAAUCAGAUUUAAAGUAAACUUGAAAUCGAAUUAAAUAUGUACAAAGGUUAAACGAUUUAAACUAAAAACGCGACGUAAAUAAUUAAUGAGCUAACUAACUAACGAAUCGAAGGAGAUGUAUUGUGUUGGUAUUUAUUUAUGUGUGUCUUCUAAGUGUUUAGCGAUCCUCGAGGAUCACCAAUACUAAAAGCGAGCGCAAAACGUAAAUGUAAACGAAAAAUUGAACUAACUAAUGCAAAUUUAAACAAACUAAAUAUAUACACUAGACAACCAAACGCGCACGGCCGUUUAGCUGUGCGUGUGCUUCUUCAAGACUCUUUUCGUUAACGUAACGCCAUCUCUGUUCGUUUAAGCCGUUAUACAGUUAUACCGUUAUGUUCCACGCCCACGCGCCACUCGCCGUUCAAAACGACGAGGGCGGUGCGAGCGAGAUAGCACUGCAACACAGCACUACAACCAGAACACUCGACUAACGGACUAAGGAAACUCACGAACUAACUAGUGGGCAGAAAAAUCAGCGAGAGGGUUGACAGUGACAAAAACAGACAAAAAACAACAAGAACAAUGUUAACAGAAAACAAAACAAAGAAACUUAUUGAGUUUUAUUUGCAAAAGAGUGAUUUUUUGUAGUGGAAAUAUUUUAUACACAAGAUACGGAUGGUUCAAGCGGGCGACAUAGCGAAUGUUAAUUAUUACGUAUAUGUAUAUAUUUUUUAAGACAAAUUGUUCAAAUUUAUUAUACGAAUACUACCAAACAAAGCGAGUCGAUACCAAAGCAAAGCCAAAUCGAAACUGGAAAAUGAUGUUGCAGACAACAAAAUAGUAUUAAUACAAUGGAAGAAAGGUCGAAGAAGGAGAGAACGAAGAAGAGAAGUGAAAACAAAACCUUUACGGACAAAUUAAAACAAGUAAAACAAGUUAACAUUACAUUAUAUAAGUAGUUAGUAAUUUAAAACUAAACCCAAAGGAAAUAAGCUAAACAUCACGACAAAUGAUAAAAGCAUUCAAAAAAAGGUUUAUGUAUACAAAAAGAUGUUUUUUUUUAAUAUAUUAUUAAUGUUACUAAGUUACGAGUGCGAAUAACGAGCGUGCACACAGUCACACUGUCCAGACACCCACACCAACACGAAUAACGAGUGCAUUUUGUUAGAUGUUAAACAUAGAAAGCUGAGGAUAACAGAAACCAAAUCACAAGCAUCAAUUGAAGUCGAAUCAAUUUUUAAACGCAAAGAUAUGUAAAUCCCCCUGUGCAUAACGAGGGGCUGAAUUCGAAUCUCAAUCCAAAAAAAAAAAACAAAACAAAAGUCGGUUGCCAACUCCUGUCCCCCUGAGCACCUGAGCGAAGGGGAGAACGGGACGGCACGAUGGCCGAUCGUAUUUCAAGUUACUAACACGACACAAUUUUUUAACCACGCCAGCGGAUCAAGAGAAGAAUCGUUUCACGUACAUAAUCUAAGCAAAUGGAAUAUGCGUACAUUGUUGUGGUAGUUACAGAUGGCGAGGAGCAUACACGUAAUUAAAAUAUAAACAAACUUGCAAUAAAUGUGUAUACAAAAGGUAUUGCGUCUUUCA